AGUAGGAGCGCGUGUUUCUAGGGGGAGCAUUGGGAGGCGGUUUAGUGUGGGAUUGUGCUGCUGGGUAAAUGGUGUUAUUAAGGUGUUUAUAUGGGGUUUAUAAGAGCUGCAGGAGGAGGAAUAUCGGGUGUAUAAGAGCUGGUUUCUGCAGCGGCUCGGUCUUCAGGAGGAGCUCAGAGCCUCAGCCUCAGCUUCCCACCAGAGAGUCUAACAGCAGACCCCGGAGGACGGUGUGUCAGCUAGUUCUGGAUCAUUUCGACUUCCAGUACAGAGAAGAGUUGGGAGAACAGUGGGAAUCUUCAAGGAAUGUCCUGCUGAAUCCACAGUGCUGGCAGCAUGGCGUCCUGCUGAACCGCUAUAGUGAUCUCACCGGACUCCACACUCACCUCAAAUCUCUCGGCCACUGCAGCCUCCUACCUCAGCCUCGUGCUUCCAGCGUCCAUGGCCUCCUGCAGUGCUUUAUUCCUGAGCAGGCUGUGCGCCUGCCCACCCAGCGGCACCGCCCCGGCUGGCUGAAGCAGUACUACCUGCUGAACGCUGCGUCUCUGCUGCCUGUGCUGGCCCUGGGGCUGAGGGACGGGGAGAAGGUCCUGGACCUGUGCUCGGCUCCUGGAGGAAAAGCCCUGGCUUUACUGCAGACGGCCAGCCCUGGGCUUCUGCACUGUAAUGAAGUGGAAGAGAGCCGGUUUGAGUGGCUGCUGAAGACGCUGGAGUCCUACAUCCCUCUCUCAGUGAGGGACACGGUCACUGUGACGAAUGUGGACGGCAGAACUAUUGGCAGCAGCCAGCCUGACAAGUACGAUAAGGUGUUAGUUGAUGCCCCCUGCUCUAAUGACCGAAGUUGGCUGUAUACCCCUGGAGAUCAACAGGGGGCGCUGUGGUUAAAAGAACGAGCUCAGCUACCCCACUUACAGAAAGAGCUGCUCUGCUCGGCCUUGUCUACAGUUCGUCCCGGAGGUCUGGUGGUGUACUCUACCUGUACUUUUUCACGUGCGGAGAACCAGUCUGUGGUGGAGGAGGUUCUUACCUCCUGCUCAGGGGUGGAGCUUGUGGACCUGGAGGAGGAGCUGAUUGGCUCUCUCUCUAAACAUUUUACAUUUGCCCGCCUCCAGCCUCCGCUGGGUUAUCUGAUUGUUCCGGAACAGGGAAGAACGUGGGGGCCGAUGUUUGUCUGUCGACUGAGGAGAAUCUACUGACUGUAGAGAUUUUUACUUUUCUGUUAAUUUGUUACAUAUAGUAUUUAUGGUGAAUUUAUCCUGUAUAUAAUGUUAUUGCAUUCAUUUCACAAAUAAAUAUAUAUUAUUUUGGACUAUA